GCAAUAUUUGUUGCAGGCGCUUUGUUGCAGAGGAAUCUCACUAAACAAAUUGUUUCAUUUUGUACUAGAAAUAGGAAAUUAGCAGUGAAACCGUCAUCAAGGAAAAUCGCCAUGAGGCCAACCCUGCUUUACCUUAUAGUGUGUUUGAUUGUCGUAAGGCCCAUCCAGGGGUCACGUUUGAGCAGACUUGAAGAUGAUGUCAAAAGUCUUAAAAGUUUUAUCUUCAGGGAGUUAUCAUCCAUUCGAGACGAGGUCAAAGAAAUCUCUAACAGAGUCGACAUUUUAGAAAACACCACAGUAACGCACGACCCGAGCAGUCCUAACCAAGACAUGGCCAUUACUUAUAACAACCUUGGUGAUAAAUCUGGAAAAAGUGGCGAGAAACUCGUACAUGCUGGGAAUAACGAAGCAAAUCAUGCUGUAAUAACAGAGGUUCAAAAUAUGCGCAAGGCUUACGCAAAUGACAAAAAGGUCUUACAUCAACUGAAGCAAGAUGUUAAGGAACAACUGAGAGAGCUUGAACAAAAUAUAACUAGCCAUAUACAUAACCUGACUGCAGACGUGCAACAAAAUAUCGAGUACAUUCAUGAAAAUAUAUCGCUGGUAAAAGUAACUUUGUCAGAAUACAUCAAUGGGUCAAGAACAAACCUUAGUAUUUUUUCGAACAAUAUCAAACAGGAAAUAAAAAAAAUCUUUACAAACACGACUGAACAGCUUGCCUUAAGAUUCACUGAAACUGAAUCGGCAGUUAAACAAAAUCUAUCGUCCACAUAUCGUACAAACGAGAUUGAAUUUCAAGACAUUAUGUCACUUGCUGUUCGUAAUGUUAGUGAAAUAAUUCUUAAAGCAGAAAGCCUUGUCAGUGUAAUCCGUAGUAACUUUUCGAAAAUGCCGUCUGAAAUUACUAAUUUAUCUUUGGAACAUAAAACAACUAAAAAUGAAAUAAAAGGUGUAGAAGAAAGGCUAGGGAAUAUAUUUCAGUCAAUUUCAAACAAUUUAGAAAGAGAAAUCGAAUUUCUAAAACUUUUACAGUAUGGUUAUUUUUACCCGAGCACAAAAAACAUCCGUCUGGCCAACGCGUCUGUAUAUGGUUACACCGGCUUCCAGGGGCGACUUGAGGUUCGUCAAGAUUUUAUAUGGGGCACGGUUUGUGAUGACAGCUUUCAGAAUGGAGAACCUGACUUAACAAACAACGUUAACGUGGUGUGUAGGAUGUUCGGGUUCCGGGAAUGUGAGUAUGUGGAGGGUACGGGUUUGGGUGAGGGCAGUGGGGAGAUUUGGAUGGACGAUGUGAAAUGUGGAGGAGGAGAAAGUAGCUUCCUAGGAUGCCCUCACCCUGGAUGGGGGGUUCACAACUGUGGUCAUCACGAGGACGUAGGGUUCCGUAUGUGGAAUUAACAUAGAGUGAACAUUAUAAUACGAUCAAAGUGAUAUAAUUUAUAUUGUGUUUAUAAAAAAUUGUUCCCCCUCCCCUUGAUAUUGUGACAAUUGAGCAUGCAUUUAGAAUACUGUUUAAUGUUUUGUUGUCAAUGAUGGUUGUUUGAUACUGAAAAACAAUCCAGCGGAGCCACCAGAAACGUGUUUUUAUUUAUCGUCAUGUUCGUCUUGAUUGAGAUACAGCUAUAACGUUACAAACAAUGUCAAUGAUAAUUGUCGUCCUACCAACGAGAACUAAUGGGGAUUAAGCCACUUUUUCAAAUGAAUGUAUUGUCAAUUUUUAAGAACCACGUAUUUAUGAAACGAAAGACAGCAAAAUAAAUGUCAAGGAGCAUUAGUUCAUUUGAUGACAAGACGCCCGCUAUGAAAAACAAUGGACAGCCAUGAACUAUGCAUUUAAGAAUAAAUCUUACAUGUGAUUAUGUAGCAAACAGACGUCCUUUAAAGAUAUUUUGCCUGUUGAAAAGAGAAAUAUUAAACACGUUUUAAUACAUUAAAUACUUUUUAACACUGUGUAUAUAUAAGUAUUUCAAUGUCAUUAGCAAUAAAAUAUACUUUGCAUUUUAUAAAUAUCUCACAUGUUUGUAUAACGCAUUGUUUAACGAACUUCUUAUAAAACAUGUUUUCCUAUUAAAUUUUGCUUUGUAUAAAAGUAUCAAUUUUACAAGUACUUUUAAAAACAAAUAGACGUCCAUAAGGGAUAUUUUAAAAGUCUGUAAAAGAAAUACUAAACUCGUUUGAACACAUAAAUAUGUUAACAUGCUAACAUUUAUAUGUAAUUAUUAAUAAAAUAUACUUUGCAUCUUAUAAAUAACUCACAUGUUUAUAUAAAACAUUGUUAAACAUACUUUUUAUA